CGAAAUGGCACCAUGCGAGGGAGAGGCGUUGGUGGCCCACUAUGUGAUGGUGUAUACUGAUUCAUCUGCCCUGAGGAAGCGCUGAUGCUGAGGAGGGCCCCUCUAUCUCUGCUCGCGAGAGAUCUGCAGGCUCUCGGAGGGCGGCAACUUAAGCAAUGCAAGCAGCUCGCUGUCUUCGUCCACAAGGCGAUGGCUGCAACCAACGCGACGCGCACCGCCCCAAGCCGUGCAGAAGUGGCAGAAUCCUCGUCCGACGACGAGAUGAUGAGUGAGUCAGCCGCCGCAUCGUCAGCCGACAUCGGGAUGGGCACCACCACGACCGAAUCUCCACGCCGAGUGAUCCAUAUGGCACGACGGAGCGACCCGCCUGUGCCAGACGAGGCGCUUGCGUCGAUUCCCUGGAUGGGCCGCUCACGGCUGGCGCGAAUGAUGACCAUCACGGCACAGAGGGGGCCGUUCGACCAGUCGACGUGGCAAAAGUACAUUGCUCGAGCGGACGUCAUCCUCCCUGCGCUGAGGGAAUACCACCUGGCCUUCAUUCUCAACAGCCUGGCUGAGUCGGGUCAUCUCUAUCCGACCAAAGGCGACCUGAAGACAACGAAGGCGACACCGAUGCAGCAGGGGAAUCUGAAGGGCUUUAUCGACCGUGCCUUGGUGCAGCUAAGGGGCGUCUAUGAUGAGAGCGCUCUCCCUGACAGCGAGGCUACACCUGACGCGCCACCCGAGUGGACUGGCAAAGGCGCCGCCAGCAUCGCCCGAGGGCUCUAUCGGCUCAACUGCCUCGACCCACCAUCGUUUGUUCUGCUCGCAUCCGUGCUGCAAAGGCCCUUGCCCACUCCUGCAAAAGACCCCCGUCAGCCGCCCCAGCCGCCAGCCUUUGCCCGAAGUGGUGGGAGGAGAGCCGGGAAGGCCGCUGGCGGUAAACAUGCCACACUGGUGGAUGAUCUCGGCGGCAAAGAGGCCACCUUGGCCAUACACACCUUCACAAAGGCGUAUCGGCAGACGAGAGCCGCUAACAAUGAGGCAUCACGGGCUGUCUAUGCAGGACUCUUUGCCUUGUUUAUGCGGCGGCUGGGGCAUCCUGAUGUGCUCAAAGACCUGACGGCUGCCAAUGCGGCACUGCUGCUCAACGCAUUGGCUGUUGCGUCAACACGGCAUCUACCUGUGGCAAGGGCUGAUGGCGGCGACAACCAAGACCAGACCGAAGACCACAAGACCCCUGCCGACCUCCCUUCGACGCAAGACGGCAACUCGCCACCUGUGCCGAGCUUCAACAGGUCUGUCACAUCCCCUUCGUCAGCUCUGCAGACCCUUCUCGAUCGGCUGGCGUCCAGCGGCUUCAUUGAGGAAAUGAAUCUCCAUUCGCUCAGCCUCGUCAUGGACGCCGUGGCCAAGCUCUGCUCCCAAGCACAGCAGCAGCAGCCGCAAGAAGACGUCAGGUUUGUAUCGUUCUGCGACGUCGUGCUGGAAGAGGUGGUCGACCGUGUGAGAGGCCUACAGCCGGUGGAAAGAGGGAGGAGACCGACGGAUGCCAUCCAUCCUCAGUCACUGCUGAUGAUCCUGAUGGCGUGCGCGAGGCUUCACUAUCACGGCUCUGUUGCUACCGUCUAUGGAAGCCUCCUGCCGCACGCUACCCACCUCAUGGAGGCCAACAAGUUGGAGCCCUCCAUGCUCGUGUCGCUGGCGCGUGCUGUGGCUGAUUUGCAUCAGGAGGGCCUUCUCGCAGCGUCAGGCGGCGAUAUGUUGGGGCGGCUGCUGGCGGCUCUUCUUAGGGCGGCUGGGAGGAGGCUGGGGCAGAUCGAGCUCAAGGAGAUCGUCAUGCUGCUCGACUCGUGGACAAGGGGACAAUUCGAUGAUGCACUUGGGCUCUAUGUGGAAAGAAGCGAAGACAAGAGGACGCACAUCGCCUCUGCACCGAUCAAGUCGACUGAUGGCGGUCUCUUGCGAAGAAGCGACUUUGGGAGUCCUCUACAUGAGCUGGUCAAGAGGCGGGUGGUGCGGUUGAUGCAAGAGAAGACGCAGGCCGGGAGCUCGGAUGAGCUGAUCCGCCUGCAUGGGAAGGUUGCGUGGUGCUACCAGCAAGCAAAUCUGAGCAAGAGUGACACGGAUGAUGUGAUGCGGCUGAUCCAUGGAUGUUGAUGGGCGUUAGCGUCAGUAGCGUGAGUAGCAGAGCUGUUCUUCAGUUGGUGCCGUUUAAAUUUCGAGACGCGAGCCUCACCAUAGCCCAGUUCUCACCGUGGCAUCGUCCUCUGCGUGCAGCUCGGCACGAUCACCCAACACAACAAACAACUGCAUGCACUCUGCUUCACGUAACAGGGCUGAGUUUUC